GUGAAGUGUGGGCACUGGCACCAUCAGCGACCGCCGGACUGGCCACACGCGCCUUAACCACUUUCCCUUUACGAAUAGUCAGGUUGGUUUCACCGGCUGCUUUCCGAGCUGCGAGUUCCUGUCUGGCAAGGCGUGCUGCUUCUCGCUCUGACCAGGUGAGGUCCGGUGUGAUAUAGAUCUUACCCCAUUUCUCGGAUUGGCGCAGCUGAGGAGCAAGGCGGAGUAUGUCGUGCUUCACGCCCGGGGUGUCGAGUGUAACUAUCAGGAGUCUGUCCUUGUUUCGACUGGCCUUACCAGCUCUGAAGCUUUUUGUCGCAGAUACAUUCAUCCUGAAUUCGUCCUUGACCAUCUGCUGGAACAGCUUUAUGUCCCUCUCAGACCUGCCUGCCACGUCUCGGCUGUCACCCUCUGGUAGGUUAUGUACCACCAGGUUGUUUCUCCGUUUCUCCUUAUCCAGGAAGUCGUCAAAGACUUUUGAGAUGUUUUUCAUGUCCUUUGACUCCCCCUGAACUGACAGGGUCUGAGGGAUGGACGAGAGUUUAGCCGACACCUUUGUGACAACGUCAGUGCACGUGCCUUUAACCAUAUCAGCAUAUGAUGCUUUCUGCUGCACGUUGUCCCUGAUUGACCUUUCAAUGAGCUUUGUCUGUGUGUCAACUGCCUGCUCCUGUUGCUUAAGCGAUUGUCCUACCAUUGUUGUGUGUUUGUUUACAGCCGAUACAAGCUGUUCUACUUUUGCCUUUAGAUCUUUGUUUCCUACCUGUGCUGUGAGGUCCUUGACCAUGGAGGCCAGUUCAUCCAUCUUAGUCUCAAGAACUGUCAGACGAGCAGAGGUUGGCUCUUUGAGUGUUGCUUUGCAUGAGGUACAGAGCCAACUCACGAUCUGAUCAUGCUUGGAAAGAGCUUCGUAUCCCUCCUUUGGAAUACCCUGGCAGCUAGCGUGGAACCAUGCAUCACAUUUGUCACACUGAACACCAUACUCGGAAUUCCUAACUGGCUCCCCACAGACUACCUUUCCUGGGCCACCGUGACAAAAAGCAGAGUCACUGCCUGCAUCACUGGAGGCACGAGACCUUGACCCAAAUGGCUUGUAGGCCUCACCAUUUAGCUUAUGCACCUUGGCCCUACCUGUUUUGACCUCAGGUACCAGAAGAGAGGAACUUCCACUUUUGGAAUUCCUGGUGUCAGUACCACUAGCUCCAGUAUCACUGUCGGAAAAUACUGGACCAAGCACGUUCGAAUCCUGAUCCCCUGACACUGUCAACGACGUAUCCACGCCUUCACUUGAAACAGCAACACCACCAGAUGUCGACGAAGACAAUAUUCUCAACGAUCUUCUUUGACUUGGCGGCGGUGACCUUGAAACUGGCAUCUUGGCUUCUGAUUGGCCACAGAACCACGAGUCUAGCGAGCAAGACAAUCUUCAGGAAUUAAGAAAAUAUCUUCAAACUUCAGAUCACUGUCCACUGGCUUGAAAUCGUAUGCAAAAAUGUCGUAUGCAAGGUGUGCCCAGUGAGCAUCAAGCCGGUUUUUGAAUUGGUUCAGGGUGUCAGAGGCGACGACCACUGGCAGUAGGCUGUUGAUGAUGACGCGGAUGCGGACAUGUCUAAUGUGCCGCUCGGUGUGCUGCUCAGCCUGCAUGCAACGGGUGCGUCUGUGCGGCGUCGGCCGGCAGUGCCUGCGCUGCACGCGACUGGCCGGUGUACGCUACGAGCGCGCCGCCCUGCAGCAGAUGACCGUGCGCGACCUGAAGCACAUCAUGAAGAUCGCGGACGUCUCCUCGGCCACCUGCCGCGAAAAAUCGGACCUGGUGGACACGAUUCUGAUGUCCCGGAGGUCGGCCGAGCAGUCGGAUACUCAGAGCGAGCGGUCGCCGUUACCGUCCGCCCCCGACCUCGACCUCGACCGCGAGCCGGCCCCCGCGCCCACCCCUGCCCCCGCCGCCGACGGCCUGCCCCACCGCGCCCGGCCGCGAGACUCGAGUCGCGUGGGGCCCUACGAGUCGAUCCGAGUGCGCGCCAUGGAUGCUGAGGAGGCGCCGCCGUCGCCGAAGCCGGCGGGCGCGGCCGGCCGCCGCUCGGCGUCGCCCGCCGGCUCGGAGAGCUGUGACGACGUCGACGAGGACGGGUUCGUGGUGGUCGACGUGGAGACGAAUGAUGACGGCGGUGAGGACGGUGUCCGGUCGGAGCGGCCGGCGGAGGGCGGUGCGGUGGACGGAGAGGUGGAUGUGGAGGUCGAGGUGGACGGCCCGGCCGGCGGCAGCGAUGCCGGAGAGGAGGUGGUGGUGGACGAUGACCCGGACGAGCCGCAGUCCGAGUCGGUGACCAUCGAGGUGGAGCGGUCCGGGGACUCGGCUGCCGACCACCCCAUGUCCGAGACCGGCCUGGACCUGUCUCGUGUGACGGACGUGGCUCAGAUUCCCUCGGAGGAGCUGAUCGCCCAGCUGACGGUGCGCCAGUGUAAGCGGUUGCUGCAGCACCGUCGAACCGACUACCGCGGCGUCAUCGAGAAACAGGACCUGCUGCGGCGCGUCCGCGAGCUCUGGCACGAGACUAAGCGCAACGCAGAGGCUCUGGCGACCGCGUCGGACCGCGACAUAUGCAAGAUCUGCAUGGACUCGCUGAUCGACUGCGUGAUGCUGGAGUGUGGUCACAUGGCCACCUGCACCGCCUGCGGUAAGCUGAUGGCAGAGUGUCCCAUCUGCCGUAAAUACGUCGUCCGAGUGGUGCAUGUGUUCCGAUCGUAGCGCCACACCUCGACGGCGGCGCGUACUUCAGCUUUGUUACCCGCCGCGUGGCGGCGCUGUGAGUGGAGGAAUGCGGCUGGGACGCAGCACGGAGGCUGGUCGAAUAUUUUUGGUAGGAUGGAGAGUCCCAGUCGUCCUCUAAGCGGAGCAUUGAAAGUUACCAGAGGAAGUGGUGAGAUAAGUUUAAAUACUGGAGAAAAUGUGAUCCCUAUCCGCGCCAGUUGAGGUUUAACAAUGCAGGAACGAUCCUGGAUGGUUUUGUACUAGUCUAGCUAGCUUUGGCACUUUGUUUAACGGGUGUUGUGAUGUAGCUUUAGCUGAUAUUCGGGGUGUCGAUUCGUUGAUAUCGUGAGGUUGCGGACGUUUCGAGGGAAUGUCUUUGAGGCAUAUCGGAGCCUGCCUGGGCUGAAGCCGCCAGUUUGCAGUGUUAAAAGGCACUGAUGGCGGCCCCUAGGGCUGGAGUGGGCACUCGGCGGUGCAGGGCCCCGUGUGGUGCUUGUUCUGAUCGCCUGAUCGGUGGAGCCCGGUUGUUAGCCGCGCGGGCGGUGGGUGCGCCCGGCCUCGGCGAGGAACGGUCGACGGCAGUGUGGGUGCCGGUCCCUACAGGGGAGGUAGGGCGAGCGGUGCAGCGUCACGCCGAGCCUGUGAUUCGCGCGGCGCCGGCCGUGUGAGCCGGGCGUGAUAUCCAGAGGACCAGUGGGUGUUCGAACCGAAUCCAUAUCGAUUCCACACAACCGACUCGGUCCGAGACCGAGACGAGGCUGAUUAGAGUAGUCCACCAGACUGGUACACAGUGUAUCUUCCGCUGAGCCGAGUCGCUGGCGUAAAUGUGCACAUAUUGGCUGUUAUCGGGCGGUUCGCUGCGACAAAUCCAGAUGCAGACGACCUAUUUUAUUUUAACGAAUUGUUCAAUUUGUAUUCAGUUUUGUUUAUGAUCCAACAUGGUUAUGCAGAGAUGACCAAAUAUAUUUUCAGCUUCCGUAA